UCCUUCUCGGGUCCUUUUUGCCGACAAGAUGGCGGCCACAGCUGCCCAUUCUCUGCAGAGCGUUAUAAUGCCGUCGCCAUCCUCUCUCGCGGCUGCUUCGGUGACCGCAGCUUCUCCCGCCGUCUCUUCAUCGGCGCCGGCUGCCCCUCCUGUUCCGGCUGCCCCUCAAGCCGCUCCUACGGCGGCUCCUACGCCCCCCACUCCGACUGCCGCUCUGGCGGCGCCUUUUCCCGGCGGCCGCGCGGUCCGACUCCACCCGGUGGUGCUCGCCUCCAUCGUGGACAGCUUUGAGCGGCGCAACGAGGGUGCUGCCCGAGUCAUUGGGACUCUUCUCGGCAUGGUUGACAAGCAUUCAGUAGAAGUCACCAACUGCUUCUCAGUGCCUCACAAUGAAUCAGAAGAUGAGGUGGCAGUUGACAUGGAAUUUGCCAAGAAUAUGUAUGAGCUGCAUAAGAAAGUUUCUCCCAGUGAAAUUAUUCUGGGAUGGUAUGCAACAGGACAUGACAUCACAGAACACUCGGUCUUGAUUCAUGAAUAUUACAGCCGGGAAGCACACAAUCCAAUUCACCUUACUGUGGACACCAGUCUGCAAAAUGGGCGUAUGAGCAUUAAGGCAUAUGUCAGUACUGCAAUGGGAGUUCCUGGUAAGACUAUGGGAGUAAUGUUCACUCCCCUCACAGUGAAGUAUGCCUACUAUGACACAGAACGGAUAGGCGUUGAUCUCAUCAUGAAGACAUGCUUCAGUCCAAAUCGAGUGAUUAGUUUAUCUAGUGACCUUCAGCAAGUGGCGGUAGCUUCUGCUCGGAUUCAGGAUACCCUGAGCACAGUGCUGCAGUAUGCGGAAGAUGUGCUGUCUGGUAAAGUGGCUGCUGACAACACUGUUGGUCGCUUUCUGAUGGACCUCAUUAACCAAGUUCCAAAGAUUUCACCAGAGGACUUUGAGACAAUGUUGAACAGCAAUAUAAAUGACUUGCUGAUGGUGACUUACUUGGCAAAUCUCACACAGUCACAGAUUGCGCUCAAUGAAAAAAUCCUAAACCUGUAAUGAACUCCUAAGCAUCUUAUAAUAGGAGAACAUGAAGAAGACUGUGGAGUUGUGACCGUGUCAUUCAGUUCUUGUAGUUGGACUGUAAUUUUUGUAAAUUUAACUUACCCCUCCUUUUCCCAGUUCUCCAAGAAACCCCCCCUGAAAACUUGCUCACAAAGAUGAGCACCAUAAUUAAAAAUUACCUAGAAACUCACAA